GAAAAGCAAGGUUUUAAUUGGUUAGGUGAUCUCUAGAUGUUAAAAAUAUUGCCUCCAGUUAUAUAAUUACAGUAUGUAAACUGAAAUGUUCCCCUGUGCAAAAUUGACGACCUUGGUAUAGGAGCUAGGCCCUCUGUGGCUCUUGUACAUGGUGAACUAAUGAUAGCUGCUUCUGUGUCUAAUGUUGUUUUUGUAGUAGUUUGCAUGCUACUUCAUUGGUUUGUCAUAUUGUUUCUAGCUAGUACUCUCUUGCAACUAUUGUGGCUUUCUAAUAAUUAUGGCAUUCAAGAGAUAAAUAUCUCACCUUUUCUUUUGGGAAAAUGGAGAAGAAAAAUAUUGAGUUUAUGGUACAUUUUGCAUUGUCUUCUAUGUUGGGUCUUUACUUUAGUGAAGCUUUUCUAGAAGGAGAAUGACGAGCUUAUCCUUUUGAAAGAUACUGCAAAGUUAAAAUAUUAGGGAAUUAGGUUCUUUUCUAAGUGUUGCCUGAUAUGUAGUGUGGAAUCUUUUGAGUUUUUGGACCCUAAUACUAAAGAUAUUCUGUUGAUUCUGUAUCUCAAUGGCAGAAGCUACACCAAAGGCCAUCAUGAGGACAAUGAAUGUGAAAGGACUAACACUUUUCCAUUUAAAGAGUCACCUCCAGAAAUACCGACUGGGCAAACAAUCAGGGAAGGAUAUGGGAGAGGGACCAAAAGAUGCUUCAUAUCUUUUAGAUAGCCCUGGAACCAAUAAUUCUCCUCCAAACUUGUUGACUCCUGACAUGACUGAGGGUUAUGAGGUCAAGGAGGCGUUAAGGGCACAGAUGGAAGUUCAGAGUAAAUUACACCUGCAAGUUGAGGCCGAGAAGCACUUGCUGAUUCGGCAGGAUGCUGAACGGAGAUACAUGGCCAUGCUUGAGAGAGCUUGUAAGAUGCUUGCUGAGCAAUUUAUCGGAGGUGGUGUAGUAUUGGAAACAGGCAACGAAAAAUGCAUAGGACUAGAUGAUAAGAUGCAAAGAAGUUUUUCUGUUGAUCCGCUUGGCUUUUACUCUUUGCAGUUGCAGUCUGGUGGGGUGGAGCAAGAAGGUCCACUUGGACUUCAUUCCCAGAUGACUGAUUGUUCUACCGAAAGCUGCCUAACUUCACAUGAGAGUCCCGUGAGAUUAUGCAUGGAAGGAUCUCCAGUGGAAGGGAAUAAAAGAAUACUGAACUUGGACUCCGCAACAGCAUCAUUGAUGUGGGGUGACCCCCAUAGAAUUACGGGAUAUGGCAUGUAGAAAUGGAGAUGAAUGUAUUUUCUUUCUUAUGAUGGGUAAUUUGUGUCGUGUAUUGGAUAUAAUCUUGGAAGUUGGCAGGGAUGGAAAGUGAAACAUGAAACAAGUAACGUCCGAAGAAAGUGUAAAUCGAAGUAGGUUAAUGUUCUAGACAUUUUGGGGUCAAUUGUGAUGUAUCUUGUCCUGUCCUAUGUUGAUUUUAGAUUCAUUUCAUCUGAUGAUGUCCUGAAUCAUUUUCAUGCAUGUUUUGGUUUUGGACAGGGAUUGACUAAUUAAACUCCCUCUAUAUAUAAUU